UUACAACCAUGGUGCUGGCGUGUUCAAUAGAGAUGCACAACAUUGGCUUUGCAUGGAGAGGACUGAAGGAGCAGCUGGGAGAGACAGUGGAACAUCAAGUGAAGAGGAUGCAGUUCCUGAAGGGCAAAAUGGGAGUGUGCUUUGAUGUCCCUGAAGAUGCUGUUGAAUCUUUGAAGGGAAGCUGGCAGGACAGCCGCCGAUGGACGCUCAGCGUGGCGGAGGAGCUGCCCGAGCUGGAGAAUGACCGGAGGGAGCAGGAAGGCAACUUCAGGAGGCACGCCAAUUGGAGUCAGAAUGGCUGAGGCAUGAAGAGGAGUUACAACAACGCAUACAGAGGGUGGUGAUGGAGGCCUGGCGCCUAGUCCCAGACCGAAUGCUUUUAAAUAACUCCUUGCAACGACACCUUGGAUGCAUUGUGCCGUGCCGAGCUCUGCUGGGCCCAAGGACCUUUGAAUUCACGGGACAUUGGCAGAAAUUGUUGGGUAACAGCUACGUGGUAGAUAUGAGGGUCAAUUACCGGGAUGCUAGGUUACAAAGAUAUUUAAAAGUGUUCCUUUAAAAAAA